AUGUUGCUGGGUGGUGUCGUUCGCGCAGUUGGACCAGAUCAUGGGAUCCAGGAAGCCGGAGUUCUACAGCAUACAAAAGGCAAUGAGGUCGACGAACUUGUGGUGGUUGAGAUCAAGAAAUUUUUGGCGAAAACUCGUAUCACGGGAAGUAUUUCCUACGUCGCCACUGCCCCAUCACGCCCAACUCAACGAACACUCUCCCUCAACGCAUAUCUCGUGUUUUCGAUCGGAACAAUGCAUUUCCAUGACAGUGACCACCAAGGAGUUAACCCCACCCCACGGAAUGAACCUGCUCCAUCGCACUGGGCUGGUCCAACCUCAGCCUGUUCUUCCACUCUGCUGGACUGCUCUUCGCCGUCUAGAGAUGCAUUCGGCCCGACAUUCACCCUCGUCGAAGAUUCGUUGUCCACGAUAUCUGCUCGUGGACAUCGAACAAGACGAGAGUUUGCACCCAUCUUUCAUCCAACUUCAUCUCGGAAGGUGGGCGAAUGUCGGCGAACCAAGGGGCCCAAGCUGAUCCACCGUGCAAUUCGACACUUGACACGCGGAGCCAAAAAUGCCGUGAACUGCUACCAGAAAGACUGUCAACCGAGGCUCCUGCAUCCAGCAUGCACAUCCCGCACCUUCAUCUCCAGAAAAUUCUUGAAAGAUGUUCGUUGGUGUACGAACUCAGGGAAGAUGCGGGGUGCUGUAAAGUACUUAGCACUAGGCGCCUUCGGCGCCAGCAGAUUUCAUCCCCUUGUCGUGAACUUUACCAAAACACCCGUUCACCUCGUGGGAUGGGGGUCUCUUGGCCUCUGGGCACUCUCCUUUCCUUCCUUCCCUCAUCCUGAAUCUCUCCACCUUCGGCAUUUCAACAUGAUCGGAGCAAGUGUUCUUGCCAGUGCUCACCACUUUGUUGCUAGUAAUGGUGUUGCACAAUCCUUGCUUUCCAACCACAACACGUAUGAGCAUGGUUUGUAG